AGAACGAUUAUUAUGUUUAAAAAUAUGCAUUAGUCCUGUUUUAUGAGUUCUAUGUCAAUGACGUGAUUUUUGGUGUACAGCGGUUCCUUUUGCACAGUGUCUUUUCAUUAUGUUCUUAGUCAUGGACGUUAUAACUGCCCUGUCGUUUUUAUGUCUUUGGAUACCGUGCCAGAUGUACACCUUCACAAACGAACAGAACUUGCAUACGGCUUUGUUUCCGACCAGUUACGACCGUAAUCUGCGACCAGGAGACGAUAGAUCUACACCACUUCAAGUGAACAUAACGUUUUAUUUCAAGAGCAUCAAGGAGUUUGACGAAUCCAUCAGCAAAUUUUCUAUCACGGGGGCUCUAGGUGUCCACUGGCUAGAUCACCGCCUAACCUGGACCCCCGCCUCGUACGGCGGAGACCUGCAGACCACUUUAGUACCCCAGAAAAAAGUAUGGAUGCCAUUUCUUGUCAACAUGCUUAUGUAUGAUCCUUUAGUAGAAGUUGGACAUAGCGACAUGAAUGUGAGACUUGACAGUAAUGGCCACAUUUCCUGGGUUGCACCAAACAUAUUCGAGAGCACAUGUGACGCCGACCUCUCGUACUAUCCUUUCGAUCUCCAGACUUGUUCUUUGCGGUUUUAUCUACCUGGAUACCUACAGACGGAGGUCUUGUUAGUUCCCAUUCGUUCGACAAUGGCAACGUCAGAGUACUCUCAAAAUGCUCUUUGGGACGUAGUUGAGACUCAAAUAUACUCCGAAACAAAUACCAUGAACCUACAGGAGAUUGUGAUGUCCGUGAAAAUGAAACGGCGAUCUGUUUAUUAUAUUUCUAGUUUGGUAUUGCCUGUUGCAUUACUUUCCUUCCUUCAACUGUUUGCCUUUUUGAUGCCACCGUGUUGUGGUGAGCGUGUCGGGUUUGUGACGACAGUCCUUCUUGCCGUCGCUGUCUAUCUGACACUCAUUCAAGAAAAGCUCCCCGAGGGAUCGGAACCCAGCGUGGCCUAUCUCAGUUACAAACUUCUGGGAGACUUCAUGGUGGGAGUUGUUAUGACUGUGGGAGUUAUAAUAGGACUGAGAUUCUAUAGCAGGGAAGACAACGUGGAAAUUCCAAAUUACUUGCAGAGGUUUCACAAAAUGAUUCUCGGUGGGAAAUUUUGCUUGAAAAGAGAGAAGCGGAAAGUGGCAUGGACCGACAGCAAUGUUGCCAUGAAUAAUAAAGUGGAGGAUAAAGAUACUUAUGACGAUGAUAAAGACAACGAAUCGAGUCCGUCCUUGACCUGGAAAGAUAUUGGCCAAGCUACUGACCGCUUCUGUGUGGUUAUGUUUGGAUUUAUGCUGAUCAAUUGCAAUCUUGUGUAUAUAAUUGUCAUAUCUGUAAUUCAUUAGAAAUCGAAACUAUAUAUUCUAAUUUAGAAUAUAUAAUCCCUGGACUACAUGGAGAUUCAGACAAUUGAAUUAUAUAAGAAUUUCGGGAAACCAUACGAUUUCGUCAAUUAUCAGGAAUUUAAGAUCAAUACACAUUUUAAAGCUCAUUUUUUAAGCAGCUGUAAGGUUUUAAAUCAAAUGAAGGCCUUGAUGAAAAAAGAAUAAUCACCAUAUAUUUUUUGCUAUCAAAAACGGACGUAUUUUAUUUGGAACAAAAUGGCUUCGUUUUAAAUUACAAAGGAGAAUUAGAUUGCAGUUAAGUUGCUAUAAUACAGAACACUCAAAAUUUGAAGAGUCAUUUGCCUAUAAAAGUGUAUUGCAGAAAGUCGUGCCAUUAGUUAAAAAAGUUUAAGACUUUAAAAGAGGGUUUUUGUAUUGUGUGAAACGGAUUUUGUUUGCUAUUCAGAUUAUUCAUCAUUACAUUGACUGCUUCUAAAAUCAUUGAAAAAUUUUAUUACCGUGAAUGGGGAAACUUUAUGCUCAUGUCAACGAAAUCGAAACUUUCUUUUCUUUUCAAUGACAGGGUAUCUUAAACAUGUAUUGAAAUACAACGUGAAAGCUUAGAAAUUGACAAUGAAGUUGUUUUCAACUUGAUGUUUUAUUUUAACGUUCAGGAUUAUUUUCCCGAAGGCUGAGUAGACCCCAAAGACCAUUAACGUGUAAUGAGGAAGACAAUAAAGAACAAUCUGGAAAAUUGUUU